AAGGAGCUAGCUAGGGUGGCAGUGAAAGCUCACUCCCCGAACUUUUUCUCUCUGGGACCUGGUGGGAGUUUCCAGUCCUAGCUCCCAACCUGGGAGGAGAGAUCUCAGAGAUAGCUAGCACGCAUAGGAAGAAAAUAUCUCCCCUGACGCUCCAGAAUCUCAAGCUGGCAGCAUGGCCCAGGCAUGGAGAGAAUGUCAUCGGGAAGACAGUAGUGACUUCUAGAGAGGGACAAACUGCCUUGUAAGAGCUGGCACUGUUUGAACUGCCCAGGGGGUGACUAUUCCAUGUCGGAGCAGCAUCCCAAAGCCAUUUCUGUGCAGUCUGAUCCGACUGUGCCCUGGAGAGGAGAGAAGCGGAAGAGGAAGGUUUGCACAGAACUUAAGCGAAGAAAAAGGUGACCGCGAUGCUGCACCAGACGAAACACUGGAGGUCCAUGUGUAAGGGACUUGUCCUGGGAACCCUCCUGACCAGCUUCAUGCUGCUGCUAUACUCCUAUGCCAUUCCACCUCUGCAAGUCAGCAUAACAGAGAUUCCUAUCCCCUAUUCCUGCUCUUCUUACCCUACCCAGGCCCGGAUGCCAGUCACAGCAAAUGGCACCCACAGUUCCCCAGGCCAGGCAUGCCUGCCAAAGUUUGAUGUCAUGUUCAUGAAGACGCACAAGACAGCCAGCAGCACCAUCCUCAACAUCCUCUUCCGCUUUGGUGAGAAGCACCGCCUCAAAUUUGCAUUCCCCAAUGGCCGCAAUGACUUCUACUACCCAUCCUACUUUGAGCGGAGCCAGGUGCAAGACUACCACCCUGGCAUGUGCUUCAACAUCAUCUGCAACCAUAUGCGGUUCCACUACCAGGAGGUACGCAAGCUCUUGCCUGCUGACACCAUCUUCCUGACAGUGCUACGGGACCCUGCCUACCUCUUUGAGUCUUCCUUCCACUACUUUGGCCAUGUCAUCCCCCUCACUUGGAAGCUGUUGGGUGAGGACAAGCUAGCAGAAUUCCUCCGCGACCCCUGGCAUUACUAUGACCCCAAUGGGUUCAAUGCUCACUACCUCCUGAAUCUGCUCUUCUUUGAUCUAGGCUAUGACAACAACAUGAAUGCCAACAGCCCUCUGGUGGACCAGUACAUCCAAGAGAUAGACCAGCGCUUCCAUCUGGUCAUGCUGCUGGAGUACUUUGAUGAGUCUCUGGUGCUGCUGAAGGACCUUCUGUGCUGGGAGCUGGAGGACAUCCUCUACUUCAAGCUCAAUGCCCGCAAGGACUCCACUGUCUCCAAGCUGACAAAUGAGCUCUAUGAGAAGGCCACCUCCUGGAACCUCAUUGAUGCAAAGCUUUAUCACUAUUUCAACACCACUUUUUGGCACAAAGUAGAUGCCUAUGGGCGGGAACGGAUGGCAAAGGAUGUGGCUGAGCUGCAGCAAAAGAAUGAGAAGAUGAAGAGCAUCUGCAUUGAUGGGGGCCACCCAGUGGAUGCCAAUGCUAUCCAGGAGUCAUCCAUGCAACCAUGGCAACCACUGGGGGAGAAAUCAAUCCUGGGCUACAACUUGAAGAAGAAGAUCAACAAAAAGCAUCGAAAGCUGUGCCGCAAGAUGCUAACCCCGGAGAUCCAGUACUUGACUGACCUGGGUGUCAACCUUUGGCUUACCAAACUCUGGAGUCAUGUGCGGGAGUUCCUCAAGUGGUAACAAAGUGAAAGGCAGCCAUCCCCUUCCCCUGCCUCUACUGCUCCAUCCCCAUUAAGGGAAGAACCAGGUGCUUUUGUUUUUGUUUCUUCUUUACAUCCAUUGGUUGGAUAUGGGACACAAUGCAUCACCGUGAGCAGGACUGGCUUGAGACUCCAACAGGGAUCAGCAAGCUAGAGACUGACCCCCAUCCUGAAGUUCUGGCUACCCUGGGAAGUAUGGUUAGAGACCCAUGUGGGUGGGAGUAAUAAAAGCAGCUGCCACCCUUCUACCUAGUACCCUACCACCAACUCUCUUGAUCCUGCCUUGGUCAACCAAUUCCACUGUCUCUUUCCAAGAGCAAGUUCAGGGCACAGGGAAGGCAGAGAGAGAAGAUCUGGGCUGCAGUGUUGAGUCUAACUGUCUAAGUUUGCAUUAGCUAAGUGCAGGCCCUAAAAAAGAAAGAACAGGACACAGAACAUUGUAACAAGUUACAUGUUACUCAUCAUUUGUGGUUUUCUGUUCAAGGGAGCUUUUUCUUAUUUCUAUUUGAAAGAGUUGGAGGCAGUAUUUGUGACAGUUGGAUCCCUGUCUGUACCCUAAACAUGUAUUAAUAGUAAUAGAUUGGCCACAGAGCACACAGGAGACAAGCUGUCAGUCAUACAAGGCUUACAAAUAUGUGUGCCUGACAGCUAUGGCUGUGUGUUUCAGCCUAGUGAUGUAUGUAUGAUUCUCCAGGUAUGUGUUUUAUGCAUGCAAGCUUUACUCUGGCUACUAGAAUUGUUCGUGCAAUACAUUGCAAUGUGUAAAGGAAUUUCGUUGUGUGAAUGAGAGACUGAUACAGUACAUGGUAUAGUCAGGGUGAGUGUGUGGAAAAUAUAUUACAGGAAGCACUGGUGUCAGUAUAUUUGGCCAAUAUGUUUACCAGUGUUUGAGGCUGUAAGUAUGAGAUUUGCAUUACAGUCCAUUAAGAAGUGUGUGUGUGAAGACCAGUUUGGGUGUAUUUGAUGGGUAAAAGUAGUAUAUUACAGUGCUUAUUGACAUCUUGAUAUGUGUCACUGUGUGUGCUUGUUGUCAGGUAUGUAUAUACGUCUAUGUGUAUUGGAAAGGAAUCGACAUAUGACUAGCAUUAUGUAUUGCUCUAUAUGUUACAUUAUAGUGAGUAUCAAUACCUCUAGGUUUGUAAUUGUGGGUGAUCUAAGACUGAUCUGUGACAGUGACUGGUGCUAUGCAUGUGACUGAUCUGUUAUUGAGUGUGUUCAUGCCUGUAUAUGUGAAUCUGACCUGCCCGUUUAUCUGUAUGUCUGUUUAGAACUGCACAAGUCACACGCUGGUUCAUGUAAGAGAUGACACUCGAUAUUUUCAGUCCAUUCUAAAGACUGAAAUUUGCACUGAUUCACUCUAGCCUAUAGACUGUCAGUUCCAUGUGGCCUGUAUAUAGUCUAUGCAUGGUGGUCAAGAUAAUUCCAUAUGCUGACUAUUAUCUGCAUCACAAAUCAACUGACCACGAUAACUAAGACUUUCAAACUGCACUGAUUCAGACCAUUUCUUUGUGAAUGAAAUAGCGCCAACGUGGACUGCCUUUAGAUACAUUAAGAUGGUUAGUGGGUCAUAUUUAAUCAAACUGGUUCUCCCAUAGCACUGAUUUUGAGCAGUCUGUCUAUGAUAUAUGCCACAUUGAGUGGUCUUUAUUACUAGCUCAGGCUACUACUAGUCCAUACGCCUCGUGUUUUUAUGGAGUUCACUGUGCUCAUGCAGUCUGUACUUGGCCAUAAGUCACUAUGACAUAUUAUUGACUAGUAGCUAGCAAAAUAACUUUCAUUUGAGUUUUGAGAAUGUUUAUAAAAAUAAAAGCACAAACCUUGUGUAGGUUUUUUUGUGAUCCUAGAGUUCAUAAACAGACUGGCAGAUUUAAACCAAAACAGCAGAUAUAGCAGAAGUCCAGUGGGCCACCUUUGUCAGCCAAGUCUCAGCCUUCAGCAGCUCUUGCCUCUGAAGGUUUCACUGCAGAGAUGUGGGAGGAAAAAGCUGCUCAUCAGGGGUAUAUUCAUACCACUUGUGCAACACUCCCAGGAAACCCCCCUGCCUACUGCCUCCUGCUCCCAUGUGCUGUUCCUUGAAAGAGGUAGUGAAGCCAUGCUGAGAGCAUCCCACACUGAUGCUCUCAGGCAUCCUAGAGAAGGAGUUCUUGAGAGCAUGGUAAUGGGUAUACUCAGCCAGCUUCACAUCCUUAUUGAUGGAAUAGACACACACAGAAUGGGAAGGGGGUGCUUUGGUGGCACUCUUGGGGAUAUUGUCAAAGCAGUGUAGACAUACUGUGACAGAACCUUAGUUGAAAGCUCCUAUGUCUUAAUUUGUAGGUUAGUACUUUUCUAAUCUAAUCCUUAGCUCCAGUCAAGAUGUGUGUAUAGUAUUCACUGGGCCUGUGUGGUCUCAUGGCUCUGAGCUGCCCGUCUUCCCAUUAGAUCAUGGCAGUUCAGGCCUUGCUGCCUAAUUCUCUCCCCACCUGCCACCCUCAAAUCCAAUGGUCUCACCAGUUAGAAGGCCCCGUGGUGCCACUCCCCAAAGAGGAGAUGCUAGACAUAAACUUCGGGAUCUGGUGAGAAUUGGUGUGGACACAGGGAGGACCUUGUAAAGAGGAUGGGGGAGGGAGGGUUUUUCCCUUGCCUUCUUUUCUUGCUUUCAUACUUCUUUGAGGGGGAAAGAGCCCAGGAGGGGCAAAAGGGAACAGGAAACAAGCUUUCAGUGGCUGCCAAUCUAAUGAUCAUUAUAAGUGCUAGUUGCUAGCACCACAUCCUCUGUACCUCUGUAGCACAACAGGAUGGUGCCAAAGAGCAGUGGCAUCCAACAAGUAAAAAAUAAUAUUACGAUAAUGCAAGUGCAUAUUAGCCUGACAAGGGACAGGGUUGAGUAUGGCAGCACCAGGAACUAUCACAAAAGUCUUAGGAGGGAGCCAGGAAAAGGAGAAAGAAAGAGCAGGCACUAAACAGCAGGGAGGGCUUCCAGGACAGUGCAGGUAGAGCCAGAGAGCUGUGAAUCUCUGGGCUAUACAAGGCAUGUGGCCUAGCUGGGGGGGGAAUGACAUCCCAGCCAUACCUGGAAGUGCAGCCAAGCUCAAGAGAAGCAAAAAAGGGAAAGCCAUUGCCUCUGGGGUGAAGAGGGAAUGUUCCUUGCAGCCUCAGGGAACACUAUACCUGCUGGUUGGUUUGGCUGGGACAGUUAAGGGAAGGAUUUUGGAGCCACCAACUGGUGUUGAUUUCCUAUGAAUACAGAAGAGAGGAAUGUGCACUAGUCCACAGUUCACUUGUCUCUAGACACACUGGAGUUUGUGAAGGAAGCAGCUGAGGACUCCCUCAGGCACAGCCAGUGAGGUAGGGGAGAGACAGGAAUAAUAUUAGGGCUUUUCAGCGAAGGGAGAACACACCUGUUUCACCUGAGAGAGGUCAUUGCCUUUGCAGUCCAGGCUUGUUGGCCUAUUCCUCACCUUCAAGAGGAGCUGGGGUGGUAACACAGCCUGACUUUCUUGCUUUUUCAGCACUGAUCAUCCAAGGGCCCAGGUGGAAGGUUCUGAAGUGACAGGAGGAUGAGUUAGAACGAGUCAAGAGCGAAAGGCCUGUCUCUCCCCAGCUUCAUGCUGAGCUGCCAGCAGCUGGGUCCCCCUCAGAAGCUACAGCUCUUGGGUGCUUUAGUGCUCACAUUGCAGGUAUUAAUGUGGUGGUUUAUGGCAUAUGUGUAAGGAGCUGGCUACAGAUGACUGGACGCUGGGGUAGGGUGGUAAGUAGGUAACUGCCUGCAACUCAUGUCCUAGGUUCAUACUUGCACCAGAGUGAGAGGCUUCCAUAUAGACAGACCCUUCCAAACACAGGGCUAGCAGGGGAGGUGAGGGUGAGAGGAGGCAGUUUGAUCUAACAAUGAGUCUUGAAUCCCGCUUUGAGCUGACUUCAUGAAGCAGCGGUUGGAUUUCAACAUCUCUGUCCUGUCCCUCCCAUCAUUAGCUGUCAGCAGUACUUCCAGGGUUGUGCAAAGCCUGGAUAACCAAGGGCCUGAGGAUUAUACCUAAUCAAUGGACAAUGGAGCCAACUGCAACUCCUCCUCAGGGAUGGCCUAUGCUUAUAGGAAUUCCCUGGAUGCACUCCAUUAUCUUUAAACUGCUUGGAUGAGGCAUGCAUGCUGGGAUCCAUGCUUUGCAUGGGUAGCCUGUCCUUUUGAAAGAGGAUGGGGGCCCUAGCCUUGCUGUUGAGUGUGAUGAGCAGUAUCUAGCAGCCUUUCAUUUAAAGGGCAGCGCUUACCUCUUCUCCUUGCCACAGCCAAGCGUGUCCCAUUAAUAUUCCUUGGUGCAUGCGUUUAACAUUCUACUCUGUUUGUAAAGAUGAGAAAUAAAAUAAUUAUAAUUUUGUAAGAUAACUAUACUGUAUAUUUGACAGUUUUUAAUAUAAGAACCAUUUAGCUGUU